AACUUCGAGGAGGUUGAUGGGAUUGCAUGGCUGUCGUCCGCCAUGAUGCUCUUUGAAAAAUUUCCUCUAUACCUUCGAGUAAAGCGCUUAAUAUGCUUUCUUCAUGGAGGUGAGAUACCCAGCUUCACCAUGGACUAAAUUUAGAAACUCUACUCUUUCUAAUUGAGCCAUAAAAACCCGUUUAUACGGGUUUUUUGGACUGCUUUCGGCCUUGCAACCGUGUGGCCUCGUGGUUCUCGUACGAGGACUAAGAACCACUCGCAAGGAUGAGCAAGCUAUCGUUCCGCGCCCGGGCGCUGGACGCCUCCAAGCCAAUGCCCAUCUAUCGGUCCGAGGAAAUACCAGAUCUUCCGGAUUUUGCUGCGAUCAACCGAGCUGUUCCUCAAAUGCCCACGGGAAUGGAAAAAGAAGAAGAAUGUGAACAUCACCUGCAGCGUGCCAUCUCCGCACAGCAAGCGUUUGGUCACACAGGAGAGCUGGUCAUCCCCACGCCCGAAGUGUACACCAUCGGAGAUGAUGUAUUUGACGCAUUCUACCCCCCAAAUUACAAGCUGUCCAGGCAACUCAUUCACAUGCAACCCUUUGCGAUGGAUCAGGACAUCCCCGACUACGAUAUGGACUCCGAGGACGAAAAGUGGCUCAACCAGCAAGCGAAGAAGAUGGAAAUUCACCACAAUCAGUUUGAAGAGAUGAUGGACCGGUUAGAAAAGGGCAGCGGCCAACAGGUGGUGACACUCAACGAGGCAAAGACAUUGCUAAAAGAAGACGAUGAUCUCAUUAUUGCGGUGUAUGACUAUUGGCUCAACAAACGGUUGCGGACGCAAUGUCCAUUGGUACCUCAAGUAAAAUCAGAAAAGCGGGAUGGAUCAAAUAACAGCAAUCCUUAUGUCGCAUUCCGGAGAAGAACAGAAAAAAUGCAAACAAGAAAAAAUCGGAAAAAUGAUGAGGCCUCGUACGAGAAGAUGCUGAAGUUGCGGAGAGACUUAAGUAGAGCAGUGACACUUCUAGAAAUGGUGAAGAGAAGAGAGAAAACCAAGCGAGAACAUCUUCAUCUCACGAUAGAGGUGUUUGAGAAGAGGUACCAAGUGGGGGACUUCAGUGGCCAGAUAAUGGCGGAGGUGCUGGCGAUGAAGAAUUCCAGGCCAAGCUACGUUUCUGUAAAUAAUAGUCAAUUGUCAAGGCAGGAGUCUAGGUUAUCAAAGCACAGGUCUGAAGACGGUGUACCACGGAAGAAACGCGAGUACACAAAGCGCCGAAACAAAGAAAUUCCUAGUCUGUCUCAGAGCCAAGUGAGCUACACCCGGUCGGAGGUAGAGCUCGGUCUCUCGGACAUGCCCAGCUCGGACGACGAGCCGCUCUCCCCGGUCACCUCACCGUCUGACAACGAGGACGAGAAUGAUCCUGACGGUCCUUACGCUUUCCGAAGAAAGAAGUACUGCAACUACCACGCUCCACUCCUAGAAAGGCUAGGGAACUACCCCUGGUGUGGUCCGGAGGAGGGAGGCGCUGGUGACCGCAAGUACCGGUACUGCCUGACCACCCUGGCGGUACCCAAGCCCCACUGUGUAGGCUUUGCAAGACGGAGGAUAGGCAGGGGUGGCAGGAUCUUGCUCGACCGGGCGUGGACACCACUAGAAGACUACUGGCCAGACCUGGACAUAGCGCUGAACCAGUCCAUGCCCAAUGGCCUCCCUCCCAGCAACGACUUCUUGGCCGAGAUCAAGAACGACUGGUUGCACUUCCGGCCGCAGCAGCGCAACAGUGCGGGCGGCCCCAGCGGCCCUGGCUGCAGCGGCGGUGGACCCACCUCGGGCACCCCUACCACCUCCGCCAGCACGGAACACCGGCAAGACGCGUCCGGCGGAACCCAGGCCGAAAACCCUCCUCCACCUGCGAGUGGUGCGCCGUCGUCUGGAACGUCGUCGACCACGGACUUUGAGAGCUUCCAGAGCCACCAGGAGGAGCUGUUUGAAAUGCAGCGCAAGCAGCUGGAGAGGUUAAAAGGCGGCGGAGCCUCGAGCGGAGGAGGGAACGCUUCGGCGGGUGGCACUUCUUCAGAGGGAGCCUCGUCAGGCGGUGUUUCGUCGAGCGGGACUUUGUCGGCGGGCCAGGCUGGCCGCUCCGGGGGUUCGCACCUGACCCUGGACCCGGCCAGCGUGGAGUUUGCGGUGUCUGCUGUGAUGAGCACCACGGAGAUGUCCGGGAUGAUUCUCAACUCCCUCGUGUCCUCCUCGUCCUCCUCCUCAUUGUGCACAGCCCAGGGAGACCACAUGGUGGCCAGGCUGUCAUCCUCUGCGGCGUCCAACGGUCCUUCUGCCGACGGUCGUGCGGCCGAGGCGGAUGUGUCGCGGGCGGGGCGCCGGCUGCCCACGGGGCCCGGCGGUGACCCUGGCACGGAGGCAGACUCGUGCGUGGCGGCCCUGAUGCCUCCGGUGGAGCUGGGCACCAAGUUGCCGGCUUCCCUGGCCGACCUCCGCUUUCCCAUCCUGGAGCAGAACGGCAACGAAGGGAACAAGGCACGCCACGAACUGUCGAGCAGCCUGCCGAGGGUGAAGCUGGAACCCGUGGGCACGGCAGACGGGGCCCUCCCAAUGGACGUGACCUGACAGCCGCCCGACGAUGACAAUAACAACGUACAAGCCACCGUCGCUCCAGACAAGAGUCUGCUGCUGCGGCCAAAGCCGAAACCGAAGCCAGAAUGGGAGGAGCCGUUCCGGACAGGCCUUCCCUCGCUGCCUCGGCCGGGCACGGUUCCACACCCGCGAGUCGGUCGGGGCCAGCCCGACGCGGGCGGGUUGUCGCCUCCCGCUCCCUCGCUGGCGAACAGAUACUGCUCCUCCUCCCUUUCCUCCCUCCCCCUGCCAGUCCUUCUCGUUUAUCAUUGUUCCUCCCCUCCCUCGAGGGAGCUGAAUUCCCGUGCUCAACAAAGGCGCGUGGUUGUAGCCUUUUGGGACAAAGCUAAAAGAAAGGGUACAAAAUAUGAUGUGAUGCCGUCAGUCGUUUUGUACCAUCCGGUCGUCGAUAAGUUUCUUCUCGUCUAGGGGGAAGAUGGUGUUGGCUGCGCAGUUUUGGCUGAAAUUUGAAAGAUCAAUGGGAAGGGUCCUUCUCGGUCAGCGAGAAUGCGGUUCUCGUGACCGGUGUCCGACUCGCCGAGUGUGGCAUUCGUGUCGCCCAACCUGCGUGCGGCGUUGGUUGGGUUGCCCGGGCUUGGUUGUGGAGGGGGGCAAAAAGUGUACACUGCACUGCCAACACUGCAGGGAAGGGACAGUCUGCCUCGAGCAUCUGAAACCUCUCUGCUGCUAGUUACGUUAAGCUUUCCCUCGCCAUCGGUGCGAGAAAAAACUUGGCACCGUCAAGAGACAGAACACACACAGUUGUACUACCAGGUCACUGCAGGUUGCCGUCUAGAUGCAUUUUCCCUUUUCUGUGUAUAGUAGUUUUGGACUGCAACUUCCUUCAUUGCAAAAUUUUCCGUAACAUUUUGUUUUAAAUGAAGAGCCUGACAGAUUGCAGAUGUGUAAAAUGCAAGCUAAAGAUCUUUGUGAUUUUCUUUUUGUAAGGGGGAAAGGAAACAUGGAGGAACUUGCUUUUUUUUUUUUCUUCCAGAACUGUUGUUGUGCACUUUGAUUUAUUUGCGGUGCAUAAUUACAAUGGCCACACCCAUGGCUAGGUUCUGUAGCUGUGAUAAUACCUCAUAAACAGGGACUUCGAUGGGAAAGGUUCUUUUUAUUUCUUUUUUUUAAUUUACCCUGGAGUGUGGGAGGGGGGAAAUCAGAAAUGAUGGGGUUUCGUGCCCUUUCAUCAUGUUGUACAAUGUGCUUGAAAUGUGUGUGUGCAUGUAUGCAUCUGUGUGCUUGUGUACACCCAUUCUGUAACUAAUGACUGUUCUAGAUUCAUGUGUUGGCGAGUAUGGACUAUGCAUGCAAUUGCAUGUUUGAGUGUGCUUGUUUGUUUGUGUGUGGGUGUGUGCGUGUGUGUGUGCUGGAAACACAUGUAGAACAAAUUAAAAAUAUUAAGAUAAAACAGUUGGCAAGGUAUCAGAAAAAAAAAAAGAUAAGAAAAAGUAAAGGUUUCUUUGAAGGUGCAGGGAAGUUCAGUGUUUUACAAGAAAUAAAGAGUUAGCUGGCUUGGGGAAAAUAACCAUUCAUAUGUGCUGGUGUAGUUAGAUUAACAACAUUGAUUAUAAUGAAAAGCUGCAUACUUUAGCUGCACCAGUGACAAAAUUUAUCUGUAUUCGAGUUGCCGUGACUCAAAAAUGUUUCCUUGCAAGUGCUUUGCUGCGCUGCCUUUCUUCUGCAACGAAGCUUUGUUCAAUUGCGCACAACCUGGCUGCUGCCCACAAAUGUGAAUUUAGGCAAUUUGUGUUAGAUGCAGCAAGUUAGCAAAUCGUAGGGAGGGUUGUACAAGCAGUGGAGAUUGGCUUUCUAAAGACACCUGAGCAUUUCUUCUGUCGUUGGGUGCAUGUGCAAGUUUGUAAAAUCCAUUUAUUUCUAACUUUUCAAAAUUUUUUCUUACUAAAAAUAAAAAGAUCUCAGGGGUUCAGUCUAGUUUAUUAAAAAUGUCUGUCGUCUAUCCUAAACGGUUGUUCUGUUUUCUGGACUUUUAGUUGCAAUCCUAACCCAACCACUAAGUCUUAUUCAGAUGUCUCCUUACAAGUGGGGUUAAAAUGCUUGCAGUGAUGAGCAACUUGCAGAACAUGAACCAAACCCUAGCCUGUUGAUAUAAAUCUCUAGUUAGGCAAAUCUGUGUAAGACCAUGUGUAAUGCCAACCACAUUGUAAAGAGGGGGAGAAAAAAAAAUGCCAGGCAUUUUCAGAGUACAAUAUUGUCUCAUUGAAAUAUUGUAUUGGCAGUUCUUUGGUGUGGAUGUUUCUGUACAUAUGGUAUUUCUUCUGCCAGAAAAUUGUGGUGGAUUCUUGGAAGAGCAUUUUGUUGAACUCUUCAAGUUUGUAUUAUAGUUUUGUAUUUACUUUGAAGGGUGAAAUUGCGGGGGAAAAACUCCAUUGUAUCAUUGUAAAUAGCAUGGUAGCCCUCAUGGGAUUAAAGACGAUCUAACCACCUUGA